AUGCAGUGCGUGCUGCGAGAACUGGAAGAUGACUUGCAGGCCGCACAACAACAGCUUGCCGCUUUAAAGGCGGGACAUGACGAGAUCAGGGCGAUGCAUGCGCAGGCACAGGUGGAGAGGAUGAAGGCGGAGAUGGAGAGGGUGAAGCGCGAUGCCGAGCAAGUGAAGGAGGACGAAGACCUAUUCAAGAAACGCAUCAAUGACAAGAAAGGCGAGAUCGGCAAUGCACGGCAUGAAAGAUUGAGGGCAGAACUGACAGGACCCGGCAACGAAGAAGCGGUUGCAGCGGCGGAGAUGAAGGUGAAAGAGAAAGAGCGGGAAUUGGCCCUGCUUGAGGAAAAAAAGAAGAUAUGGCGCAAGCAGAUGGAGGAGGAGAGGAAGAAGGGAGAGGAAGAGAGGAAGAAGUGGCAGCAACAGCAACACAAAGUGUGGGUGCGCGCGUUGACGACAUUGCUGCAGGCGGCAGGUGAGCCGCUGCCACACACCACAAGUGCCGAGCACCGGUGGACUGUGGUGUCACAGGUGGUGGACGACGCCCUGGCGACAGCGUGGGAGGCCGGCCUUGUGCCCGCCGCCGCUGGCCCGCCCCGACUGGCCACUAUCACUUUAUCUGCUCUCCAAGAUAUCGAGAAGCGCGUUGCGGAGAAGAAGAUCAGCUCACCCGCCGAGAUCAGAGACGAAUUCUUCUUCAUGACGCCACCAAGCAGCAUCACCAAGCCCGAGAAGAACCCGUAUCUCGUCUACUGGCCGGACAAUGCCCAGUUCUUCACCGACAUAUGGCGAGAGCCACUCGCGAAACAGUUUGAGCUGAAGGCUGAUGACAUCACGCCACAAGCAGUGAUUGCAAAGAUUCACGAAAUCGAACAGCUGCUGGUCUCCAGCGCCGACCCACACCGCCCCCGCGAGGACCGAGUGACGCUUGACCUGCCACAAGUAAGCGUGCUUGCAGCUGUGUCUUCACAAGAACUGCUGACAACAGGAUGGGCCAACGAAGCGGAGAUGCGUACCGAUAUCGCUCAGCACCUCAACGCCAUGGCUUUGCGCCUCGGAGCCUGGGUCAUGUUCCCGAGUGAGGUCCCAAUCAUGACGUUCAAGCCAGGCACCCGCCCCAAAAUAGACAUUGUGAUGGUGGACCUGCACACAAACACAAUAGGGGCCGUGUUUGAGCUCAAGCUAGGCGAGGAUGCUGACUCGCUUGGCCAGUUGGCAGCGUACGCGCACCACGCGAUUGUGGCGAACGUGCACCGCAUUGCAGGCGAGCACGUGCCUCUGGAGAAGCUGCCGCUGCUCGCUGGGCUGGCGAUGUUUGGGCUGCGUGUCAGCCCGGUGCAGACCACCGUGGUGGAGUUUAUGGUGGCCAACGCCGGUGGAGUGGUGAAGGUGGUUGCCCACAACAUCCUUUCCAUGCCAACGACGAACAUUGGGCAUGCUGCUCUGGCCAUUUCCUGCUUUGCGGGCUUCCUCCACGCAAAGUACGCCCACGCCAUCAAGCAGAACACCAAGCAUGGCAGCGACUUUGCGCUGAAUGUCAUGAAGCCCCAUGUGCUGCACUUCAACCCCAACAGCGGCAAAGCAGAGGCACCGAAAGUGCUCAGUUCCGUCGCCAACAAAGGCAGCGGAUACGUGUGCAAGUUCAUCAAGACUGGGCACCGUGCUGGCGACUUGCGUGCUGAAGAGAUUGAAAACAUGUGGAAGUACGUCAACGGGCAACGCGCUUGCAGUCGCAUCCCCGCCACCAACAGCAAGAGCAGCACCACCAACACCGCCACCAGCAGCAUCCUCAGCAGCAGUGGCAACGGCACGCAGAUGAUUGCGGUGCCCCACCUCGGGUCGACCCGCGCUCACAUUCACGAACAGCACGUCGCGCAGCUCUGCAACAGCUUGUUUCUCCUGUCAGCGGCUGGUCUCGUUCACCAUGACAUUCGCUGCGCCAAUGUGGUCGUGAGCGGCGACAAAGCCUCUCUGAUCGACUUCGAACUGGCUGGCUGCGACGCCGAUGUCAUGAAGGCAGCCAAACUCAAGCCGGCUGAGGUUGCUCUUCGUACGGACCUGCCUGAGCGGUCAGCACACAUCCGUGCAGCUGGUGACGAGCGAGUGGAACGUCACAUCGAGGAUGACUGGAUCGCCAUGUUCUACGUGUGUGUUCUCCGGUCUGCACUCUACAAGAGGGCACCGCAGAUGGCACACAGGGCAACCAAGAAGGCCAUGCUGGCCGCGUUGAAACAGCUCGAGCACCACCACAAGCAGCAGCAAGGGGAGGGGAAGCAAGGGGAGAAGGAGAAGCAGCAGGGUCAUGUGGUGCUGGUCGGGAUGAACCCGAAGCUGCCGCAGUCGUGUGAUUUGCUGGGCCGCAUCAAGAACAUCAUCGAGGACAUCCCCCUGUACGACUGAGCUCGACGUCUCCGCGCGCUUGGGAGACAGGGAGCCAUGUGCUCGUGUGUGUGUGUGUGUGCAUGUGUGUGCAUGUGCGUGAUUGAUUGUAAUUGCGCGGG